UACUCUAUUUGGCUAUCUCUAUCUUUAUUAUUUUUUUUUCUAUAAAUUACCUCUUGGUUUUAUAUGCCAACUUGAUUGUUCUCUCUCUCUUUCUCUCCCGUCAAUUUUAAAAUUUCUCCCACUUCCAAGUGUAUUUCCAUCAACAACAAUCAACAACGGCAACUACUAAUACCACUACCACCACCACUACUACUACUAUAAUAUAAACCAACACAAUUUAACAAAAGUAUGCACGUACGGGAGAAGGAACGCUCGUGAGAAUAGCCACGACAUUAGAGCGCGACCAGCGAGUAAUACGCUUUGGUAUUCCGCGCUAGCAAAAUAGCUCUGUGCGGAUUGUGUGUGUGCGUGCUUUUUAUUCUUUCAGGACCCAAAUUUAUUGGCAUGGAGCUAGGAGCGCACUGAUAGUGAUAAUCUAUGAGAUCUGGGUUUCUAUGCAUUGCCUGCCAAAGAACAACUGAGCCCAAUGUUUCCCCACAAUAAUAGUUCACAUGAGAUUUCUAUCGAAACAAAUGCCUUCGUACAAAAUUCCAAGUGGGAUGUAGUAUUAGAGGAAAGUAGUCUGAGUGGGGCGCGGGAAGAGAAACGACCUGAGCAUGCUAGACACUGUGAUAACGAAUUCAUAAACAGCAGCAGCAGCAUGAUGGCAGCACUUACCAGCCACCCCAAAGCUAUCGCCACCAAUGACUUCUUAACCGUCCUGCCACACCAAUUUGGUGAGCUUAGCUUUGCCAAUGGUGGUGAGGCAUGCCAAUCAAUGGCUACAGUAAUCACAAAUAAAAAAAAUAAUAAUUCAACAAAUCACCUUCAAAUUAAUGAUAAUAAUAUUGAUAUAAAAUUAAAAUUAAAUAAUCACAAUAAUGCAGAACAUAAUCAUCACAAGUACAGAAAACAAAACACAUCAGACUCACUUGAUCAGCAAUUAAACAGCUUUGCUGAUAAGUACAAGUCUACGUGUAAGCUGUUAAGUGAUAAUAAGAAUAGCUUUAGUUAUCUAAGCAUUAGGGUACUAAAUCUAAGUGUACGUAAUUAUGACAUGAUAAAUGAUAUGCAAAUUUCAAUCGUUGGAAAAUAUAGCCUAGUUAGGAUACUCAAGUCUGAAACAACCCAUCGAUUGUUUAUGUAUUUCAAUAAUCUUGUCAAUGAUAAUUGUUACAUCUAUCAAAAUAAUAACAACAACAACAAAAAAUACUACAACAACAACAACAACAACAACUAUAAAGUUAAGGCUAAUAUUAAUAUAAUAAGUAAUAAUAAAAAUAAUUAUAAUAAAUCAAAGUCUGUGAUAUUGCUCAGCUCAACCAAGUCUGUUGACAAUUAUAUGAUUGUUUAUGACAAUGGUUAUGCUGACGUUGACGAUGUUGAAGUACCAGUUUAUUUUCUCGAAUAUAAAUUUGACGCGAUGAUAAAUUUUUCGACAAUGAUUCUCAACAAAAACAACGAUAAUAAUAAAUUACUAUUACAACAAACAUUUAAAUUACUCGUGUCAAAUUUAAAUAAUAAUAAUAAUAAUGUUAAUGAUAAUAUUAAUAAUAAUAUUAAAAUGAUGAUUAUGGCAUAUCUCAAAGCCAGUUAUUAUUCUUCCAAUACGCUUAUUAUCGUUAAAAAUAACGAAUUCACCGACCACACUUUGCAAUCUAUCAUUGAUAAUCUCACUCAAGUCCGAGCAUUGUCUCCAAUAAUUAUUUCUCAAUUUAUUCAAUCGCACGUCACCGUAGGCAAGUUGACGCAACGCAUAUGUGUUCCAUUAUUGAUUAAUAAAAUUAAUAAGGCUUAUAAUAAUUAUAAAAAUAAAGAGUGUAAUAUUGUUGUUGAUGGUGUUGAUGAUGAUGAUGAUGAUGAUAAUGUCGCUGUGUGCUACAAGACUAGUUAUUUAAUGACUAAUAAUAAUAGUAAUGGUAUUAGUUGUACCGAAGCAACAAUAUUCACUGUUGGUGCUCUUUCAUUUCAGGAUAAUGAUGAUGAUGAUAAUAAUAAUAAGUAUCAAAUAUCAAAUAAAAUUGAUAUUGAUAAAUGUAACAAUAUUGUUAAGUCUCUAUCUAAGUCUAAAAUAAGUGAUAAGUCUAGCAAUAAGUCUGAAACGUCUCAUUAUGCUCGACUUGACGAUAACAACAACAACAACAACAACAUAAACAACAAUAAUAAUAAUGACAUUGUAAAAUAUGUCAGGUCGAACGUCAACAUUCCUAUACUGACUACCUGCGAGCCUACGAUGACGCUUAAAAGCCAAUCAGCUACCGUCACAUCCCAACCAACAAGCGUACCUGUUUCUCGUUAUCUUAUCGAGAUGAAUAAUAAUGUCAACAAUAUUAAUAUUAUGACAAAUAAUAAAUCAUCAUCAAUUAAUAUCAAAAACAACAACAACAACAACAACAAUAAUUUUAAUAAUAAUUUUAAUAAUAAUAAUGAUGAAAAAAUAAUAAAUACAACUGAUGCAUUGACAGCAAGUCAAAAUUGGACAAGACUGAUUGCAUAUGUUCGUAAACUUAUUUUUUCUUAUCAACAAGAAUAUAAAAAUAAUAAUGAAAAAAUAUAUAUAAACCAACGCAAUGAAAUCAAAGAAAUUCUUAAUAAUUUAUUUGGUUCAAAUGACAAUACAUCAAAAUUGUCAAAUAAUGAUACUCAAUCAUCGAAAAUUUACAAUACAAUAAAUGAUUAUAAAAAAAGAUGGGGAAUACCAUUGAUAUUAUCACUUGUUGGAGGUGGUGAAGGUUCAUUAAAUACAAGUGGUGGUAGUACAAAUUGGGGUACAACACCAACAACAACAACACCAACAACUCCAAAUAAUAAUAAUAAUAAUGCAAAUCAAUCUGGUUGGGGUAGUACACCUGGUAAUCCAUCACAAUCAUCAACAAAUUGGACAACAAAUAAUGUUAAUCGUCCAUUAAGUGGUAAUCAAAAUCCAAUUCAAGGUACAACUGUUAAUCCAAUACAAGGUACAACUGGUACUGUUAAUAAAGUUAUAAGUACUGGUCAACCAACAAAUCAACCAGUUGUAACACAAACAACAAAUCCAACUCAAACAACAAAUCAAAAUCAAAGCAGUUCAUGGCCACAAGGAAAACCAAAUAAUCCAAUUCAGGGACAAAAUUUACCUACUGGUCCAAAUAAUAAUAGUAAUAAUAAUAAUAAUAAUGGUAAUAAUAAUGGUAAUGGUAAUAAUGGUGGACAAAUACCAGCAGCUAUUACAAGUAAUAAUAAUAAUAAUAAUAAUACAGUUCAAAGUCCAACUGGUCCUGCUGUUGGUGUUGGUGUUAGUAAUAUAAGUAAUGUUGGUGGCGGUGGUGGUACUAGUAGUAGUGGUGUUGGUGGAGGAGGAGGAGGAGGAAGUAGUGGUAGUAGUAGUGGUAGUGGAAGUGGUAGUGUAACUGGUAGCUCAAAUGCUCAACCUGCUACAAAUACUGUUAGUGUUAGUAGUCCAACAAGCAGUAAUCCAUCAACAAAACAACAACUUGAACAAUUAAGUACAAUGAAAGAAGCUUUAUUUAGUACAGAAGGAUGGGGUUGUCAAUUUGUUAAUCAAGAUACAAAUUGGGAUGUACCACAAUCACCUGAACCACCAGUUGCUAAAGAUGGUACACCAAUGUGGAAACCACCAGUUAAUAAUGGUACUGAUUUAUGGGAAGCAAAUUUACGUAAUGGUGGACAACCACCACCACAACAACAAGCUAAAACACCAUGGGGUCAUACACCAUCAACAAAUAUUGGUGGUACAUGGGGUGAAGAUGAUGAAUCAGCUGAUUCAUCAAAUAUGUGGAGUGGUGCACCAGCACCAGGACAACAAAAUGCAACAGCACAAUGGCCAGGUACAACUGGUUCACAAACAACAUCAAAUUGGGGUGAUCCAAGAAUUGAUCCACGUGAUCCACGUGAUUUAAGAACAGUUGAUCCACGUGAAAUGCGUGAUCCACGUGAUCAUCGUAUGUCAAUGGAUCCAAGAGAACAUUUACGUACAAUGGAUCCAAUGGUACGUGAUCCAAGAAUGAAUGAUAUGCGUGGUGAUCCAAGAGGUAUUUCUGGUAGAUUAAAUGGUGCAAGUGCUGAUGCUAUGUGGGGACAACCACCUGGUCCACCACAACAUCAUCAAAUGGGUGGACAUCAACAUCCAUCUGGACCACCAACAAAUAAAAUGUUAAAUCCAUCAAGUAUGAGUCAAUGGGGUGGACAACCACCAAAAGAAAUUAAACCAUCUGGUUGGGAAGAACCAUCACCACCAACACAACGACGUAAUGUACCAAAUUAUGAUGAUGGUACAAGUCUUUGGGGUAAUCCAGCUGUAAAUCAACGUGGUAAUGGUGAUGGUCGUGGUAAUGGUAAUGGUAAUGGUAGUAUUGGUGGUGUUGGUGGUGGAGUUGGUGGAGUUGGUAGUGGUAUUGGUGGUAAUAGCAAUGGUGCUGGUGUAGGACUUGGUAAUUCUGGUGUUGGUAGUGUAGGAGUUGGUAAUCCAAUGGCUAGUAAUAAAGUAUCACACUGGAAAGAUUUACCAACACCAAAUUUGGGACGUGGUAAUAUGCAAUGUCCACCUGGAAUGCCACAUAAUCGAAUGCCUGGUAGUGGAGGAGGUAAUGGUGGACAACCAGGAAUGAAACCAGAUGUUGGAGGACCAAUGUGGGGACAUCCUGGUGGUCCAGGUGGUCCUGGUGGUAGAAAUGGUUCAUGGGGAGAUGGACCACAUGAUACAACUAAUUGGGAUGAACCAAAAACACCAACAUCAUGGAAUGAGCCACAAUUAAAUCCAACAAAUUGGAAUGGUCCAUCAGUACCAAAAGCUAAAACUCCAAUGGGACCUGGUGGUAAUUGGGGUGAACCUGAUAUGGAACCAACACCAAGCUGGGCACAUUCUGUUAAGCCUACAUUAACUAAAGAAAUUAUUUGGAACAGCAGAGAGUUCCGUUAUCUCUGCGAUUUGGGUUACAAGAAAGAAGAUGUUGAAACAGCUUUGAGAAGUCGUGAAAUGAAUAGAGAUGAAGCACAAGAACUUUUAGGACAAGUACGUUCAUUAGAUCAAUGGCGUCGUCAUGAUGGACCAUCAAAUUAUGAUCCAAAUAAUCAAUCAUCAAUGUCAUCAGCAUAUCCAAAAUUCAGUCAUGUUGCACAACAAAUAUUUCCACCGGGAGAAUGCCUCGCUGUGCGGCCUAGUGGAACAGCAACUGGAGGCGUUAGUGCUUCAGUAGCUAGUGCCAGUCUAUUGAAACUUCAACAGCAACAACAACAACAACAGCAGCAACAGCAACAACAGCAGCAGCAUCAACAACAACAGCAACAGCAACAACAGAAUGCAGUUCAAUUGCAACAGCAUCAACAACAAUCAAAUGCCAAUCCAUCUCAGCCACCCUUUAACCAGGCAUCGAGAACACCACAAAAUCCACCAAGCACUCAACAACUUCGUAUGCUUGUACAACAAAUUCAACUGGCUGUUCAAGAAGGUUAUCUUAAUCAACAAAUAUUGAAUCAACCAUUGGCACCACCAACACUUAUAUUAUUGAAUCAAUUGUUGCAACAAAUUAAAGUUUUACAACAACUUCAUCAACAACAUUCAGUACAAAGUACACUUAAAGUUAAUAGUCAAACUGUUUUACAAAUAAGUGUACAAAUAACAAAAACCAAACAGCAAAUUUCAAAUUUACAAAAUCAAAUUGCUAUACAACAAGCUACAUUUAUGAAACAGCAACAACAACAACAGCAACAACAGCAGCAACAACAACAUCCAGCUCAAUCACAGUCUGAUUAUUAUAAACCAUCAGUACAUGAUCCAAUGUCAGUAUUACAAAAUAGUUUUAGUGAUUUGGGAAUGAAUAAAGAACAACCAUUGAGCCAACAAGGAUCAAGACUCAAUCAAUGGAAAUUACCAUCACUUGAUAAAGACAUUGAUAUAACUGGUAAUGAAUUUUCACGUGCACCUGGUACAACAAGUAAACCACUACAAGCACCACAUACACAUGGUAGUCCAAAUAUGAAUCCUCUAUUAGGACAAGGUGAUAGUACAUGGUCAACAAGACUCGGUGAUUCUGGUUGGCCUGAUGCUGUUAAUAAUGAUGCAACUGAUGGAAAAGAUUGGCAACCAGGUAGUGCAGCAUUUAAUGAUCUUGUGCCUGAAUUUGAACCAGGAAAACCAUGGAAGAUGAAGAGUAUUGAAGAUGAUCCAAGUAUAACACCUGGUUCUGUGGUAAGAUCACUUUCAUUAGCUGCCAUCAAAGAUGCUGAUGCAAUAUUUUCAUCAAGUUCAAAAACUUCACCUCCACCACAGGCACAAAAUGUUGAUACAUCAAUUCCUAGUCUUAGUAAUUCUACAUGGACUUUUAAUCCACCUCCAACAGCAACAACACCAAGUGCAUUUGGCAGCUCUAAAAAUACAUGGACAGAUUCUGCACCACCACCAACAGCUGUAACAUCAGAAUUAUGGGGUGUACCAAUGAAUAAAGCUCGUCAAGGACCACCACCUGGUCUUGUUGGUAAAGGAGUUAGUGGUGGUAAUGGUGGAGGUGGUGGUGGUGGCGGUGGUGGUAAUGCAAGUAAUGGCUGGACUGGAUUAGGUGGUGUUAGUCGAUCAUCAAGUUCAUGGGGACUUCAAUCAGGUGUUGGUAGUGUUGGCGGUGGUAAUGGUGGUAAUGGAGGAAAUGGUGGAUGGCUUGUUUCUGGUACUUGGUUGUUAUUAAAAAAUUUAACACCACAAAUUGAUGGAUCAACAUUAAAAACAUUAUGUAUGCAACAUGGUCCUGUUCAAGAUUUUCGUUUGUACCUGAAUCACGGAAUUGCUCUUACAAAAUACUCAACACGUGACGAAGCAAGCAAGGCUCAAGGAGCUCUUAAUAAUUGUGUUCUUGGCAAUACAACAAUAUUUGCUGAAUCACCAGUUGACAAUGAAGUACAUACAUUGUUACAACAGCUAAGCCAAGGUAGUGCACAGCAUCAACAAGGUGGUGGAUCUGGUGGUUCUGGAUGGGGUAUGAGACCAACAAAUAAAGCUGGUCCACCAUCUGAUACAUGGGGUGGCAGCUCAAGUCAAUUGUGGGGUGCCUCACCAGUUACAAAUUCUCUAUGGAGUAAUUCUGGUCUUGAUGGUAGUGAUACACAAAGAACUACACCAAGUUCUCUCAACUCGUACUUGCCCGGAGACCUUCUGGGAGGUGAGUCGAUGUAGAGAGCGAUUGAGAAAACGCUCGAUUACAACGCACGUCACAAAUAAGACACUUAUGGUUUUUUUAAAAUGAUAAAAAACAAGUUAAUAAUAAAUUAAAACCAUCAAAUUGAACAUAAUAUUUUAACGAAAUUGUUCAAGCUUGUCAAUGCCAAUUGCUUGCUUCGUCCUGAGCCUGUUUUUUUUUAAUUUUUUUUUUUUAAUUUAUUUUGUAUUAUUACAAUCAUCUUGAAGUUUAUUUAUAUAUAAAUGAUGAUGAGAAGAAGAUAAAAAAAAAAAUAUUUUAAAAUGUUGACUUAGCAGUGUCAAAGGCAUAUUCACAUUCAACAUGGUGACACGACAUCCCGAAUAGACACAAGAAAAAUAAAAUGUUUAUUGAGUCUUCUCGAAAUGUCAAUUACGUAAUAUUUCUUAUUAAAAUGCAAUUAUCGAAAUGAGUUACUUAAACAAAAAAUAAAUAAUAAUAAUAAUAAAAUCAGAAUUAAAUUAUCAAAAAAAAAAAAAAAAAAUACAAAUAAGAUUAGUAUUUUAAAAAUAUAGAAAAAAUAAACUCAAUUUUUGUGCCCAAGUUCGGUCUAUCCGCAAGGUCACAAAGAAUGAAUUAACAGCCAAACGAUCUUACUGCGAUAAAAAAAAAAAAAAAAUACUAAAUUAAAUGAAUAAUAGAAAGAAUAAAAUUUUUUUUUUUUUUGUUUUAUAAUUUAAAUAUUUGAUCAAUAUAUUUCGAGGCUCCCUAUCACGCUUACACACAAAUGGGAUGCAACGAAAAAUUUUUAUUAUAAAAAAGAAAAAACGACAGAUUUCGUUACAAUAAAAAAUAAAAAAAAUGAACAAAAUAAUAAUUACUUGAUUACCUCAAAUCUUGAAACUGUCACGCACAAACAAAAAAUAAGGAAAAAAAAAAUUGUGUGCUAACGCGCGAUAUAAAUGUUUUAAAUGAAAAUUAAUUUUAAAUAAUUGACAAAAGAAAGUGAUGAUUAUUAAAACGUGUCGUGGGCCCCAAAAUACAUAAAUAAAUUAAAUUAAAAAAGAAAAAAAACAAGUGAAAAAAUAAAAAUAAAUAACACAUUUAUUAUAAACCGAAGACCAAAGGUCUCUGAUCGUGUCGGCGAGUGUUCCAUUUUCUGCUGAACAGUUCGAAGACUGCAGUGAGUAUCAAACUUAGACUGUACCAAUCUAAUCAAAAUAAAAAAAAAAAAAAAUCUUAGAAAAAAGCAAAAAAAAAAAAAAGUAAGCAUUGACGUCGCUGCCCGCCGUCCUGCCGAAGGUUAUAAGGAGAUAAUUUAAAUAUUAAGUAUAGAAAAUGAUAAUUAAAAUCAUGAUAAAUAAAUAAUAAUUAAAAAUAGAAAAUUCAGGCUGGCCGGGCAACGACACAACGAUACCAAAUGUUAUCGCAAUAACGUAAAUUUUAUUCUAUAUUAAAUCUAAAUGCCACCUGUCGUGCCAAUGUCCAGUGUGUCUCUGUACCAUUUAUUGAUGUAGCAUUAAAAAAGAAAAACAAGAAAACAAAAAAAUACAUAAAAUAAAAAAAAAACGAAAAAAAAAACAUUUAAAUAAAUUAAGUAUAAAUUUAAACAAAAAAAAAAAAUAACGGUUAGUGAAUGGGGAGAACAGGUACUUGUGAGUAAACGAAGAAAAUAAAAAAAAAACAAACAAAACAACUUGUAAUAAUAGUAAUAAUGAUAAUAAUAUUAAUAAUAAGAGUAAUAAUAAAAAAAAAUAACAUUAAUAACAAUAAAUAAUAAUAAUGAUAAUAAUAUAAAUAAAAAAAAAUUAAUUAACUGUGACAGGUCGUGAGUAUGAAAAUGAUAGAAAAAAUGAAAAAAAAAAAAAAAAAGAAAUCACAUUUCAAUUCGAGUCAAGUUGUGGUGGCAUUAAAGUACUGGCCGGUAUUAGCGUUAUAAUGCCUCCUUGUGAUACAAAUAAACGCGAAACGGCCGAAAAAAUAUAAACAAAGACAAAAAAUUUAAAAAAAUAAAUUACAAUCUUAUUUGCGUGUGUGUCAACUCAUCAUUUGCGAGGGUAAUUGAAAAUAGUUGAUAAUUUCAACAACUCGUUGUAUAAAUGUUACAAAAAAAAAAAAAAAAUAAUCAAUUGUUUGCAUAAAAUUGAUCUUGUCCAACGUCGAAGGUACCUGAUCGGACUGAAAACCAAACGACGACAAAAUAAUCUAUUGAUUAAAAUUUUAAUUUUUUUUUUGUUUUUUUUUUUAAAUUAAUUAUUUUUUUUUUUUUGGUUAAUUAAUUUUUUUUUGUUGUUUUUUUAAUUUUAGUUAAUUACCGCCUUUUUUUUUUGUUUUUAAAAUUUUUCUUAUUAGUAUUUGUGUCGUAGAUAUAUCAUUAAUGAGAAUUUUUUUUAUAAUUUUUUUUUUGCACAGUUAAGCUGUUUGGGUGCUAUCAACAUCUCGUUGCUUGAUUGAAUAUAAAUAAUAAAUUAAUUGUCAAAUAAACAUUUCUAAAAAUUCAAUGACAUAACAAUCAAUAUAUUAUUGUAAUUAAACAAGUUAUUUUGAAGUAGUUUUUUUAAAAAAAAUGAAUAAAAUUCACCACCAAAAUAGAGAUAACAAAAAAAUUAUCAAAAAAACAUUUAAGCGUAUCUAAUACUGUCUAUAUAAUUAUAUACACGUUUUUAAAUAUAAAUAAAACAAAUUUUUUUAAAAAAAAAAUUAAUGAGAUAAAUUUGAAAAAUGUAUAAAUGCGGAUACAAUAGUAAUAGACAAUUUAAUUUUUAAGAAAGAAAGAAAAACAAUUUGACGUUUUUAAUAUUAAAAAAAAAUAAAAAAAUAAAAAAAAAAAAUAGGCAGCGCUGAUAAAAUGCCAUGAGUCCGCCAAUCUUUAUACAAUCACAUUUAUAUUUUAUUUUUACAUUGAUGCAAAUUACACAUAUACACAAUUAAUUAAAAAAAAAAAAAAAAUCAUGUUUUACUUAAGUGAUAGUUGCGUGAAUGUGUGACUAGAAAAAAAAUACAAAAUCAAUUAAUCAACUUCUUUUUUUCUUUUUUCUUUUUGUUGUUAUUUUAUUAUUAUUAUUAUUAUUUAUUUUUUUAAAAAUUAUUAUUUUUCUUUGAACGAUUAACCAUAAGACUUGAAAAAUAUUUGACGAUAAGUGUUUUAAAAUGAUAUUUAAGGAUUGACAUAUUUUUUCUCGUUGGUUAGCUAACUGUGGCUAUUUCCUCGAGUCAUAUUAUUUAUCAAUGUACAUUAUAUCAUUAAAUAUAUGUUAAUGAUAGAUGAAAAAAAAGUAUGCACGAAAAAAGAAAAAAAAAAUAAUUACAAAAAUUACUGUUAAAAAAAGAAAAUAUAAUAAUAAUAAAAAUAAGAAAACUUGUCUGAAUAAAAUUAGUCAGAAUUGUUCCUCGUACUUGGCAUUUAAGACUUUCGGCUGUCGUAUAAAAAGAAUAAUAAAAAUUGUUUAAAUAUAUCAACAGUUAAAUCGCGAUAUUAAUUAUUGUGUUCGAAUUCAGAUUGUGUUAAUUUUUUGAAAAAAAAUAAACACAAUCUGCGUCAGGGUUGAUUCAAAGACUGUUGGCAAGGAUUAAAAAGUAGCUCUGAAUAAGCAAAUUAAAACAAAAAAAAAAAAAAACUAUUUUAAAAAAAAACCCUCAAUAUAUUUUAUUGAUUGUUGUUUUUUAAUUAUUAUUAUUUUUUUUUUUUCUCUUAAUUUAUACAAGUAUUUAGCCAUAAUGCGUUGACACAUUGUAUUUUUUCACAAUGGUAAAUUAUAAUAUUUGUUGAUCGAAUCAAAGACGACACAUGGUGAAUAAAAUAAAUAUAAAAAAAAAUAAAAAAAACCUUUCUCAAAAUCGUAGAAAGAUGUUUGUUGUGAUAAUAAUAUUGAAUUUAGAAAUUUAGGGUCUCUUAAACGAAUCAAUCGGUAUUAAAAAACAAAGCAAAAAAAAAAAUUAAAAAACGUGCACUUGGUUGAUGGUAUGCCUGUGUGUUUGUGUGUAAAGUAUGCCAGUCGAAAUUAUUAAAAUAAACAUAUUAAAUAUAUAUAUAUAUAUGAUUUAAUUGAAAAUGAGAUUGAGGGUUGUGCACAUUCGAAUAGAAGACCCUUGAUGAUAUUUAAAUGAUAAUUAAUACCGUGCUUUUAAUCACAUAAUAAAUUUAAAAAAAUAAUAUAUAGUCUUAUCUUGAUAUAAAAUAUAUAUUUAAACAUAAAUGUUAUAAAUAUUUAUAUAUUACUUUCAGUAUCAAUAGGUUGAAUAACAAUUACAUUUUUUUAAAUAAUAUAUUAGCCUACAUUAGUUUAUUGUUUAAAAUAUAUUUAAAAUCACUCUGACGAUGUUAUGGCUAUUUAAAAAAACAAGUCUUGAUAUACCACAGUCGAAAACCAGUGCAAAAUAUUAUAUAUAUAUAUUUUUUUGUUUAUUUUUAUUAAUUAUUUUUUCGUUUUAAUUUCAAUUCAAAUUUUUAAUAUGAAAAUAUUGUUUUUUAAUUAUUACAUCAAUCAUCAUUGUCACAUGAUAUAUUUCCAAAUAGCACGUGCUAAUUACGGAUAAACUAAAAGAUAAAUUUAAUAUUUAAAAAACAAAUAUGUGACAGUAUAAUCAAUUGUAUUUUUUUUCAUAAUACGUACAUCGAAAAUCGACAAACAUAACUUUUGCUUAUUGUCCAUUACGCUUAUAGGAAUCAAUGCCAUUUUUUUUCUUUUUUUUUUUUUUAUUCUGAUUCAUUUGCUCUCUUUUUCUGUCUUACAUACUCUCUCUUUCUCUCUCUUUUUUUUAUUUUCAAUUUUUUGCAUCAAGUAUUACACAACAUCGGUAUUUUAUUAGAAAAAAAAAAUUCUAUUAUUGAAAAUAAUAAAAUUGUAUAAUGUGUAACGUUAGAAAAAAUUAAAUUUUUAAAUAACAACGAUGCCUAAAAUACACACACACACAAUCAUGACAAAUGAAAAAUUUUAAUUCGUAAAAAAAAUUAAAAAAAGAAUAAUACUGUAAUCUUGUCAAGUUCAUCGAAAAAUCAAAAAGAAAUAUUAAUAAUUUGUCAAGUAUAAAAAAAAUAAAAGCAAAAGUUGUUGAGUCGAUAAAAAUAAGGUAUUAAUAUCCUUAAUUCAGUCAAUGAAUUAUGGCUAAAUUGAUUAUUUUCUGGUGAAAUACAAUUAAAUUUAAGAUAUAUAAUAAUUAAAUAAAAAAAAAACACCAGCAAUGUGAUAUUCUCGUGUCUUGUCCAACGACAGACGUUGUUCUAAGAAUAUAAUAGUUGUUUCUCAGCAUAAAAACACAAAAAAAAAAAACAAUUAAAACAACAAAAAAAAAUCUAAAAAAAACCUAAAUAAUAAUAGUAAUAAUAAUAAUUAAAUAUUGCACGAGACAAAUUGAGUCUCAACGUGAGAAUAAUGAAACAAUAAACUAAGCUAUUAAUUAAGAAAUAAACAAAAAAAAAAAAAAAGAUAAAAAUACCCCAAAUAUGAUGAUAAUUGUUAGUAUGAAAAAAAAAAAAAAAAAAUUGUUAUGAAUAUGUGAAGAAUGUGAUGUUAAAUGAAUCUGAUAAUGAGGAAAAUUAGUGUCGCGGCUCAAAGAUAAAUAAUAAUGCGCUCCUUUUCCUCUCGAAAAAUAAUUCGAAAUUUUUUUUUCUUUCGUUUUUUUUUUUUUUUGCUUUUUAUUAUUGUUUAUAACACAUUUAAUUGUUAAAUGAGUUUAUUAUUAUUAUUAUCAUUAUUAUUAUUAAUUAUUAUUAAUAUUAUUAUCAAUAUUAUUAUUUAUUAUUGUAUUAUUUCAUAUAAGUUAAUAUAUAUUUUCUUCGUAUACAACCGGGUAUUUCUUCCGGCGAAAUAGCCUUUGAUAGUCUGUAGGAUCUGAUUUUCUAUGCCAUUUUAGUUUUUAAGCGUGUUUAUUAUUAUUAUUAUUGAUUAUUGUUUGUUUUAUCUUAUGAUUGAUAUCUAGUGUUAUUUUUAAUGAUAAUAAUGAAAGUAUAAAGAAAGAUAAUUUAAAACAACAAUUGAGAUUUCAUGUCAAGUUGAUGACAUUUUUUUUUGUUUAAAAAAUCGUUUUACACUAGGUAAACGAGUUUUUUUUUUAUUUAUAUAUAUUCCUUAUUGCACAAAAAUAUUCUUCCUUUAUUGUUUUUUUUUUUUUUUUUUUUUAAUAAUUAAAUGAAAAUCUGCUCAUUAAUUUGCAUUUGGUCUAGUUAGUAUAGUUAAGUUUAAUUGACAAAAAAAAAGGGUCGUAAUUGGUACACUUGAAUUAUAAUGAAUUGAAAAUUUUUGUGACAUAAGAUUAUUAUUAUUAUUAUAAUUAUUAUUUUAUAUUUUUUAAUAUUUACGAUGAUAAUUUAAUGAAUUUUAUAUCGUAAAAUAAUGAUUAUUAUAUUAAAAAUGAAAAUAAAAAAAAAAAUGUUUAGUGAUGAUUGUCAAAGCCGGCCCUCAAGUCACGUACCUGAAAUUAGACUGGGCUAGUCGAACUCAAUUAAUCGAGUAAUUGAUACAUUUAUUUAUUUAAAAAAAAAAAAAAUAAAAUGAAUAAUUAUUAAAAACAUAAAAAAAUAAAAAUAAAAAAAAAAUAAUAAGAGGCACUUUUAGUACCACACGCGGCACACAAAUUGCGCUUUGAUUAUUUAGUUGUUAUGUAUUUUAUUUUUAUUAUUUUUUCCAUUAAUUUUUAUGAUUGAUUUUUUAAGUCAUUUUGAGGCCCGUGUAUCAGUCUGUGAUCUCAUCAUGAUGAUCAGUUAAAUAAAAAAUAAAUUAAUCUAAUUUUGAGGUUUUUUUUUUUUUUUUCUUUAGAACAAUUCCUCAUUAAACUGCACUCAUUUCCUUUAUAGUCUUUUCAUAUAAAUUAAUUAUUGUAUAUUAUAUGUUUGAUUAUUAUUUUAAUAUUAUUAUUAUUAUUAUUGUGAGAAGAAUAUUCAAUCAUUGAUUAUAUUUUAUAUAAUGUCCAAGUUAAAAAGCUAUUUCAAUUAUUGUAAAACAGUUUUCGUUUAUUUUCUUCAUAAUAAUUGUUUUUAAUUAUUAACUGUUAAAAAAUAAUAGAAAAUGGAAAAAAAAAUAUCAUUCAAUUUAUUGUUAUUUUAUAUUAUUAUUAAUCAUUUUUAUUGUUGUGUCAAUAAUAGCUUCAGUUAUAAAUUUAUAUAUACUUUUACAAAAACGAAAAAAAAAAAGAAAAAUUGUUUAUUGAAAAAAAAUAUUGUACACAAUUAUUGGCACUUGUCACGCUUAUAGAAAAAUAAAAUUAAUCAAAUUAAAUAAACGUGACAUAAUUAUAAACAUCUAUACAUAUUUUUGGCCAAUUAAAAAACAUGAAAAUUUAUAAUUAAUUAAAAUGAAAUUGUAUGGUUUUUAACCUACCUCAAAGGCUUAUAUCAUUUUAUAAUUUCGAAUAAAUUACAAAAAGCUUUUAAGGUACUUUUAAAAUAGCAAAAUUUAAUUUUCAAAAUUAUUUUUAAAUUAGUCAUAAUAAUAAUAAUAUAUUUUAUGAAAAAUGUUUCAUGUGAAUAUGCUUGACUUGUGCCAGAAAAUAAUAAAUUGCGGGCCUUUAUUUGGGGUACGACUAGUCGGAUCGAAACGGUUGUCACUAAAACUCAUAGUACACAUCAGAAUAUAAUCAAUUUUUGUUUUUCUUAUUAUUAUUAUUAUUAAUUUUUUGUUUUUAAUUUCAAAAUUAAUUUAAUAAUGUCUUCAUAAUGACUCUAUUCAAAUCAAGUAUUAGAAGUGUGUUAAACGUAAUUAUUAUCAGUUUUUUUUUUUUUUUUUUUAAGUUUAAAAAUUAAUAUUAGAAAAAAAAUAAAGAGAGAGAGAAUGAACGAGAGAGAAUAUUUUGGGUGCUUGCAUAUUAAUUAUUAAGGGAUUAAGGAACACAUAGUCUAAGGGUAUUUAUAUUUAUAUGAUGUGACAAUUAAUUAUAAGACUAUAUUAAAAAAAAUUUAUGAAUAAAAAAAAAAUGAAAAAAAAAAUGUUAAAAAAAAUUAAUAAAAAUAAAAAAACAAAAAAAAACAAACAAUGUGCAUCUUAAAUUAUAAUAUUAAUUAAUUGGUGAUUUAUUAAUUGAAUAAUAAAAUAAAUUAUUUAAUUAAUUUUAAUUAAUAAUAACAAAAAUGAGAUUAAUUUUUUUUUCAUUUGAAAUUAUAAUGAAAAUAAAAAAGACCAAGUGUUCAUCCAUUGCUAGAAUUAAUUUAAUGAUAAUAAAAAUUUAAAAAAAAAUAUAAGUAUUUAUACACAAAUAAUAAACAACAAUGUAAUGAAAAAAAAUUUUAAAAAUUGGCUUUUUUUUAUAAAUUUAAAAAAAUGCCAAACGUUUAAUGAUAACACAUGAAUUUUAUCCUGAUAAUUAAAACAUUUUGUGUGUGUGUGUUAAUCUGUUGAAAAUAAUUUAUUAUUAUUUUUAUUUGUUUUGUUAAAAUUAAAUAUAUGUAUGUAUAUUUUGGUGGAUAUGAGCGAUAAGAAAAGUUUGUCCAUUCCAGUUGUCGAUCCUAAAAAAAAUCAUGAAUAAUUAUAUAAUUGAGAAAAAAGAAUAAUAAUUAUUUGUCAAAUAUCUCAAGAAUAAUUUAUCUUAAUAUUUAUUAAAAACAAGUAAACAUUAUAUCAAGUCAAAUGUGAGGAAAAAAAAAAAAGAAAAUAUUAAUUUUUCGAGCCGUAAACUCAGUGUUUCGAUAGGUGAUGGUAAAAAGGCUGCGAGAUAUUUAAAAAUUCAAAAUGGUUAAUGGUUAAUGGCACAGAAAUAAUAUGAAAAUGAACUGAUAAAAAAAAAAUUAAUUUUUUUUAAAUGCAUUGAGAGCAUCAUCUCAUGAUCCCUGCUCAUUCGAAGCCAAAAAAAAAAAAAUGUUUCUUUUUAAUUUUCUGAAUGUCUAUAUGGGAUCAACUCGACAAAAAUUAAUGAAAAAAAAAUAAAAUAAAAAUAUCAUUCUCAACAUAUUUUUAGAGUAUAUUCUAAUAUUGCAAUGUUUAAAUUUAAAAAUAAAUUAAAUGUUGUUGUCAUUGUUUAUAAAUAUAUAUAAUUUAUUUUUCAUUUUUAAUUUAAAUUUUUAUUAAAAUCAGGCCACGUGUAUUCGAGCUCCCCUUGCCUGCUUUCAGUGUCAAUUGACGUCGAACAAUAAUACUUAAUAUCACUGAAUUUAAUAAUAAUAAUAAUAAUAAUAUUUACGUCAAAAUUUAAUUAAGAAAAUUAUAAAAUAAUAAUGAGACGAGAAGUGAUCUGAAUCGCCUGAGAUAAUUAGGCAGUCGUGUUUAAUAAUCACGAAAUUAUCGAAUUUUAAUUUACAUCUAAGUAAACACAGAUAAAAAUGUAUCCUCUAAAUUAAAUGUGACAACAUUUUAAAGCAUUAGAGAAUCCAACAAGAAAAAAUACAAAAAAAUUACUAUAAUAUUGUAAUAAUUAUUUUCUGUGUCGUUGAUAUUACUAAGGCUAUAAUAACAUAUAAAUUAAUUCACUAAAAAAACAAUUUAAUAUUGUCCAAAAAAAUAAAAAAUGCUACUAAAUUUAGCAUUAAAAUAUUUAAAGCUCUUUUAACUACAUAAUAUUAAUAUUAUUUUGUUUUUUAUUUUUUUUAAAUUAUUUUUCAUUACGCAACAAAUUAAUCAAUUUUUUUUUUUUUCGAUUUAUACUUUUCGGCUCUUCCAAUUUUUUAUUAUUAUCAUUAUUAUUAUUAAAGCACAAAAUAAUUUAGUUAAAGAGACAAAAGAAAAAAUGAAAAAAUGAAAAAAAAAUUUAAAUAAUAAUACUAAUGAUAAAUUGAUAAUGGUGAAACCAAAUUGCUCCGAUAUACGCUUAAUUGUGUUGCCAAUCAUAUAUUAUUAUAUAAUCAUAGAAUUUUGUCAUGAAAUAUUAAUAUUUGCACGAUAAUUAAUAAAAAAAUUUAUCUCUUGUUUGUAUAGAUAUUAUAUAUUUCUUCUUUACGCUACAAAUUAUUAUUAUUUUUUAUUAUUUUUUAUUAUUUUAUUAUUACGUGUCAAAUUAGAUUAAUUAAUAUGUAAUAUUUUAGAAUGUGAGAUAAAUCAAUCUAUGCUUCAUUAUGGCACAAAUAUCUGAAUCAAAGAUACAAAAAAAAAAAACAAAUAGAAAUUGUUAAAUGUUUGACCAAAAAAAAUAUGGAAAAAAACACAAAAUACAAUUGAUUAAUUAAUGUCAGCAGUUGUGUGAAUGUGUGUAUGUUUGUGUAGCUAUUGUGGAAAUUAUGAAAUUUUCCAGACUUGCUCGGGGAGGAAAAAUUAGGAGGAAUCGUAAAAAUAAAAUAAAUAAAUUAUAUAUACGUAAAAUUCCAUUUUACAGUGCCUAAGUAAAACACGAUAGUCUGUAGUUCUUCUAAUCAGCGAUAAUCCAGUUUAUGGCUGUUAAAAAAAAAUAUAAUAAUUUAAUAAUAUUUAAAAUAACAAUAGUAUCGAUAUUGAACGACUGCGCAAAGAAAAAAAUAUUAACAAUAAAAAUAUAUUAAUAAUACAAGUCAAGAGAAAUUAACUUCUUCCAAAGGACAGAAGGAAAUUAAAAUUAUUUAAAUCAUUUUUUUCUCACAAUUCUUGAAUUAAUUAUUAUCACAAGAAGUCAUAUGUGUAAUUCGUAAUGAAUGAGUCUAAAUAAUUUAUAAGUUAAAAAAUAAAUAAAAAGCAAAAAAAAAAAAAAAAAAACAUAAAAAGAAAAUUAUAGAAAAAUAAAAAAAAAAAAAAUACAAGUGAUUAUAAAUUACAUUUAGAUUAGUGAUAUAGAUCAACAAGUGACCUUACAUAAAGUGUCCCCUAUCCAAAAUAAUAAACCCCUCCAAUAAAUAGAAAAAAAAAAAAA